AUGGACCUAGAGGAAAUGGAAUUCUCACUUCCACUAUCUUCAGAUCCGUUACUGUACGGUAAUCACAAUACACCACCGGGGCCUUUAUUCGAGUCAACAUCGUCGCCGGAGCGCAACUGUCUUCCAAGUACCUCGUCAGAUUAUACGCUGAAGGAAAUCGACAGAUCUGUUUAUACACCGAGGAUACUUCCGGAUCCGCAGCCGCUGUACCAAAUAUAUAUGAUGGAGCAUAAUGGACAACUCGUUUGCGAAGAAGAUGAGCAAGAUGCCACUGGGCCGGCCUUUGGUAGGAAAACUAACAGCGGCGCGAAAAUGCAGCGAGCUCCUUCUACAGCAUCAACUGAUAGCGGCCGCGGAGUGGACUGCUCCACCACUGUAUCACAGCUUACAUCCAACACAUCGAUGCGACGUGAUCGUUUGGUUGCGGGCAGCCAUUUUGGAAGCCAGCGAUCUUUAUGGUGUGAACUUCCUGAGGUAAGAAAUGCAGGUUUACUGGAAAAGCUGGAUGACGACACAAAGAAGCUACAGGAGGCAUUCUUUGAGGUGAUUACCAGCGAAGCAUCAUACCUUCGUUCCUUGAAUAUCCUGAUUACUCAUUUUAUGGCAGCACCUGAAAUGCUUGGUAUGUAUUUGACAGAGAAUUCUUUCAAAACUCGUCUUUCCUGGAUUUAA